CACAGAUCCCCAAGCCACCCUUCAUUUUCUAUAAAGCAGGGUUUUAGGCCUUCGGAGCACACACCGAAGAAGAGAGCCAUUCCACCUUCCUCCCUCCCUCACUCUCCGGAGGUCAGUGAUCGCCAUUAAUGGACCAGAGCUCUUCUCUCAAGUUCCUGGGGUCAUGGGCCGACUCCCACACCCACCGCGUCCGGCUCGCCCUCAAGCUCAAGGGCUUGGUGUUCGAGUACCAGGAGGAGGACUCGGUCAACCCCAGCCCCGCCCUCCUCCUCCACAACCCCAUCUACAAGAAGGUCCCCGCUCUCCUGCACGACGGCCGUCCCGUCGUCGAGUCCCUCGUCAUCCUCCAGUACAUCGACGAGACAUGGACCGACAACCCCAUCAUGCCCGCCGACCCAUUCGAGCGCGCCAUCGUCCGCUUCUGGUGCCACUUCGCCGACGACAAGCUUGGGCCGGCGGUGGGUUUGGUGUUUUCGUCGGCGGGAGAAGGCCAGAAGGCGGCCGUCGACCAAGUCCACGAGAACCUGAAGCUGCUCGAGCGCGAGCUAAGAGACGGAGCCUUCAAAGGCAGGAGGUUCUUCGGAGGCGACAACAUCGGCUUGCUCGACAUCGUCCUCGGGUGCGGCUCCUACUGGCUCGCCGUGUUCGAGGAAGUCAUGGAGGUGAAGCUCGUCGACCCCGACACCUUCCCCUUGUUCCAUGCAUGGCUGCGAGACUUCGAGGAGCAGAAGGAGGUGAAGGAGACGAUCCCGCCGAUCGACAAGCUACUCGAGCACGCGAGGGGCAUCCGGCAGAUGAUGCUGAGCCUCAGCACAGACACCACCACCGCCACCACCAUCGGAGCUCCUGCUACUGGCAGCACCACCAGCAACAACGACGCUGCCGUCGAAGAGAUUGGCCUGUUGCAGGAGUCUCUUGUGCUGUAGUAAUCGUUUCCUGUGUCGAGUCAUGUGAUCAGCUGCAAUCCGAUGCCAUGGUUGCAGAAUCUUGGGCUCGACAAGAUGGGACAUGUGGAAGAGCUUUGUUCCGACUACAAUGAGAAUUAAUGCUUAGUGGCUUCU